CCCGCCGCGAGAUCCCGCGCCCAUGGCGGUCGGCAUCGCGCUCCUGCUCGACCUCGCCGCCCGGGCGCCCCGCGGCUCCCUCCACUCCCACGCCACCCUGUCCGCCGCGGCAGCAGCAUCCGCCGCCGCAGCACUCGCCGCCGCCGGCGUUCCCCUCUCCGCGCGACACUUGUUCGGGAAGGUCGCUUACUGCGAUGCCGGCGCGACUUACGGAUCGACUGACACUCCCGAUCUUGUCAAUGAUCUUAAUAGCAAGAUAUUCGACUCGAUCCACGGUAUCUCGCCCCGCGAUCUCCAAGUGCCAAUAAAGGAAUACCCUUUCGAGCUCAAGCCGCUUCAUUUUGCGUUUACCUUCAAGCAUUUAAGCUUGACAACCCUGAGGGCCUUCCUAUUGUACUAUUUGCCGCUUCUCGAGCCUAGUCCGCCCACUGAUGACGAGGACGAUGAUGAUUUCCUUCAAGAUGAUUCAGAGAGGCCGCCUGUCGACCUCGUCACUCCCUUCCACAAAUCAUUGCAGCAAAUUGCACGUGAGACUUCCGUCGUAACAACUAGAAGAGUAUUGGAAAGGAUUGCAGUUCGCCAUGUUUCAGAUAGAACGGCAUGGAAGCUUCUCAAAGAUGCUGCAAAAUCAUCAAAGAGGAAAGCUGAAAGGGGGAUGUCAAUUCCAGAAUACACAUACUGUGUUGCCAGGACAACUAUCCGAGCACAUGCAUUGGGAGUAGCUGCUGCUUGGGUUAUACAAUCUCUAGUCCAAGUUUACACAUGUUUCAUUCGCCAACCUGAUAAUGAUGAAGAAUUGCUUGACGAGAGGGAGAAAUUCAAAUUGUUCGGGAAAAAGAUCUAUAGUGUAACCAUCAAAUGUGGUUUCUCUUUGGUUUUUGCCUCAAUUGGAGCAGGCCUUGGUGCCCUCGUACAUCCAAUGCAUGGCCAGUGGAUUGGUUGUACCCUUGGAGAUUUCGCAGGACCAGUUGUUGCGAUUCUUAUAUUUGAGAAGUUACAGUUCCCGCUAGAAAGUUAAAACCUCCUGUUCGUGCUACACAGUUAGAAAACCAGGCCAGUCAACUAUGGCUCCCGCUGGCCUGGUUCUGAAGAACAUGAAGUGGCGAUGUUUUGCCCUUUCCAGGAUCCCCGUUGAUCUAACUUGAAGAUUACAGUUGAUGAAUAACUGGAUGCCUGUAGCUAUGUGCAUGGUUAAAGUUUCUUUUCGAGGCAUAAUGCCUUCGGGCUUCAUGAGAUGUUGAUAUAUUGUCAUAUGCUUUACUUUGCUUCUGUUGUCUUAGAUUUUGAACGGAAAUGGAUCUAUUUUUGGGCA